ACCGCUACGUAAUUUUGUUGAUUUUUGUAACGAAAGUAAAUAAUCUGAAUAAAAUAUGGAUUUUGAAAGUCCUGAUGUAGAGAAAGAUUUUCCCGGUUUAUAUGCCUCAGAAACAGGACGUAAAAGUAACGAAAGCGAUUUCAGUGAUGGUGGAGACCACGAGAAACCCAGCAAGAAAGACUUACUGGGGCGACGGAAGGACAAAAAAGAAAAGAAAGACAGGGGUUAUGCUGCACUUGAGGGAGAAAGUUCUCCUGAGGAGGAUACAGACACUAAAAGUCCUUCGAAGUCAAAGAAAACAAAAUCAUUCAAAUUCCCUACAAAAAGUAAAGAAAAAAGAGAAAAGUCCCGUGACAAAGAGAAAGUACUAGAUGACGCCACAAAACAGAAAGAACUGUCAGAAAAAGAAAAGAAAAAAGAAAAGGAAAGGGAGAGGGAAAGAGAAAAAGAGAAAAAAGAAAAAGAGAAAAAGGAAAAAGAGAAACGAGAAAAACUCAAAGAAAAGGAUAAGGAGAAAGAGGAGAAGGCGAAAUUCAAAUUAGAAUCAAAAGAAAAACUAAAGGAUGAGAAAAAGGAAAAGGUUAAAGAUAAAGAUAAGGAAAAGUUAAAAGAUAAGGAUAAAGUCAAAGAAAAGGACAAAGAUAAGAAGGACAAGAAAUUGACGAAGGUGCCAUCAACCGUGACUUCUGGUAUUCCAUUUGAAGAGAUAUUCACUCUUGGAGUUGCGCUGCCCAUCUUCGGAGUACCCCUCCAACAGUCAGUCGAGAGGUCACGAUGUCAUGACGACACGGGAUUGCCGCUCGUCGUGAGGGACAGCAUCGAUUAUCUUCAGGCUCAUGGACUCAAGUCUACUCAAAUCUACCGCUCGGAAGCUGACAAGAUCAAAUUUCAACAGUUGCGUAAACUUUACACGGACCGUUUAGACACAUUCCCGUAUCACUGGGACGUACCCGUCGCCUGCGCAAUGCUCAAGAGCUUUAUUAGUGAGCUACCGGAUUCAAUACUGACACAAGAGCUACAUGGUCAAUUCGAGCAAGCGACGGCCAUCGCUGAGCCUCAGCGGGAAGCCUCCAUGCUUACACUGAUCAGCAGACUACCAAGCUGUAACUACAGUCUCCUCAGCUGGCUUAUGAGACACUUUGAAAGCGUUAUUGCCAAUGAACAGAUCAACCACGUGAAUAUCCAGACGAUAGCGACGGUGAUGGGCCCCGCGCUCAACAUGUCGCUCAAUCUGCUCACCUAUCUCAUAUCCAAAGCGGAGAAACUUUUCCCCGGCGUUACCCUCUCUAAAUAUGUGCCACCUCUCCUAUCAAUACCAUCUGAUUUCCCCGAUUCCGCGAUCGAGAUCAGUACGGAACUGCGCAAGCAGGAGAGUCUCUUGAACCAGAUUCACGCGGAGAUGCACGCUGGCUUCAUCACUACGGCACGCGACCUGCAGCUUUGGGAGGCACAAACAAUAGUCACUCAGCUUAAGAGGAAACUACGUUCUGUCCAAAAGUCUGUGGAACCGAAUGCCACAAACGCGUUGCAGACUCCGCAACUUUCAGUAGACGAGAAACCGCAAGAAUUAUCCGAAGUUGAACCAAUGCGCAGGGAUUCACAACCGAGUGAAGCAAAUAAUACCGAAAUUGCAAUUGCUAGUGUAGCAGCAGCAACCGUGACGACACCGUCUGAACCAGAACUAGAAAAAUCUCCGCCAAGCAUUAGCAACGACAUCUCAGUAGAUACAAAAGAAUCUCCUUCAUUAGAACCACCGUUCGAAGCAGAAUUUGAAGAUAAUUUUGAUUUCAAACCAGAAAAGGCAACCUCAGAAGAGCUUGAACUACCAUUAGAAGAAAAACCGAAACUAACUGAAAAAGAACUUCAAAUUCUGAGGCUAGAGCUCGAAAAUGCAGAGUACUUACAACUUAAGUCAUUGUUGCAAGCGAAGAUCAAUUCAGAACAAUUCGAAAUAGUGAAGUUGAGGAGCCAUGUUGCGUUGAAAAAUAAACAGGAAGGGAGUUCUCAAAACACGAAAGAGAAUAGAGAAAAUACACCAGAGGAACCAGAAUUAAAGCAAAGACUGAUGAAAGAGAUCGCAAUGCUGGAGCAGAAAAGACUGACAUUGAUUAAUCAGAUUUUCCAAGAACGAGUGGCCUGUGUGCAAUUGAAGAUCGAACUAGCUAUGAAGGAAAUUCUUUCUAAGUCUUAAUGGUUUCUGUUAAUAUUUGCUCUUGUUAUUUGGUUAAUCCUAUUCUUAUGACGAUGGUUUGCCAAUUAUUAUGCUACAAACGGUUCAAUUGACUGCCUCCGUGGC